CUACGGAGAUAACGGUUGGCAUCCUGGGCCCCCGCCAGGGCCCCGCCUUCUUGGCCUGGGGACUGAGGUCUGGGCUGCGUGGAGCUGGGGGCCGCAGCGUGCCGCCAGGAGGGGCUGGUUGGAGCCCUGCCACCCCGGCCCUGAGCCCCAACGAGGCUUCGAGGGCGGAGUCUCGUGCCCCGUUAUUUGGCGCGUCCACUCUUUUUCGCCCUCAGAAGGCUCCAAACGUCUUCGGGCAAGAUGGGUCUCUAUCGCGUCCGCGUGGCCACCGGGUCCUCGUUCUGUGCGGGCUCCAACAACCGGGUGCAGCUGUGGCUGGUCGGCGAGCACGGGGAGGCGGCGCUCGGGAAGAGCCUGCGGCCGGCGCGCGGUCAGGAAGCAGAAUUCAAGGAGGAUGUGCGGGAGUACCUGGGGCCGCUGCUGUUCGUGAAACUACGCAAACGGCGCCUCCUUCAGAAUGACGCCUGGUUCUGCAACUGGAUCUCGGUGCAGGGCCCCGGGGAUAGCGGGGAUGAGUUCUGGUUCCCCUGUUACCGCUGGGUGGAGGGCGAUGGCAUCCUGAGCCUACCAGAGGGCACUGGCCGCACGGUGGUAGACGACCCUCAAGGCGUGUUCAGGAAGCACAGGGAGGAGGAGCUGGAAGAGAGGAGGAAGCUGUACCGGUGGGGUAACUGGAAGGAUGGGUUAAUCCUGAAUGUGGCUGGGGGCAAAAUAUGUGACCUCCCUGUAGAUGAGCGAUUUCUGGAGGACAAGAAAAUCGAUUUUGAGGCUUCUCUGGCCAAGGGGUUGGCAGACCUAGCUGUCAAAGACUCCUUAAAUGUUCUGACUUGCUGGAAAGAUCUGGAUGACUUCAAGCGGAUUUUCUUGUGUGGCCAGAGCAAGUUGGCUGAGCGGGUGCGGGACUCCUGGAAGGAGGAUGCCUUAUUUGGGUACCAGUUUCUCAAUGGUGCCAACCCCAUGCUGCUGAGGCGCUCUACGCACCUUCCUGCCCGCUUAGUAUUCCCUCCAGGGAUGGAGGAGCUGCAGGCCCAGCUGGAGAAGGAGCUCCAGGGGGGCACGCUGUUUGAGGCUGACUUCUCCCUGCUGGAUGGGAUCAAGGCCAAUGUCAUCCUAUGCUGCCAGCAGCAUCUGGCUGCCCCUCUGGUCAUGCUGAAACUGCAGCCUGACGGGCAACUCCUGCCCAUGGUCAUCCAGCUCCAAGUGCCGCGAGAGGGGUCCCCGCCACCACUGCUCUUCCUGCCCACGGAUCCCCCCAUGGUCUGGCUUCUGGCCAAAUGCUGGGUCCGUAGCUCUGAUUUCCAGAUGCAUGAGCUGCAGUCUCAUCUUCUGAGGGGACACUUGAUGGCUGAGGUCAUCGCAGUGGCCACCAUGAGGUGCCUUCCAUCGAUACAUCCUAUCUUCAAGCUUAUAAUUCCCCACCUGCGAUACACCCUGGAAAUUAACCUCCGGGCCAGGACUGGGCUGGUCUCUGACUUGGGAGUUUUUGACCAGGUGGUGAGCACAGGUGGGGGAGGCCAUGUGGAGCUGCUCAAGCGAGCUGGAGCUUUUCUGACCUACAGCUCAUUCUGUCCCCCUGAGGACCUGGCUGACCGGGGGCUCCUGGGAGUCAAGUCUUCCUACUAUGCCCAGGACGCCCUGCGGCUCUGGGAUACCAUCUCUCGCUACGUGGAGGGAAUGGUGCAUCUCCACUACAAGACCAAUGAGGCGGUGAAAGGGGAUCUCGAGCUGCAGACCUGGUGUCGAGAGAUCACUGACAUUGGGCUGCUAGGGGCCCAGGACAGAGGGUUUCCUGUCUCCUUACAGUCCCGGGACCAGCUCUGCCACUUUGCCGCCAUGUGCAUCUUCACCUGCACCGGCCAGCACUCCUCCAUCCAUCUGGGCCAGCUGGAUUGGUACGCUUGGGUCCCUAACGCACCCUGCACGAUGCGGCUGCCCCCGCCGACCACCAAGGAUGUGACGCUGGAGACGGUGAUGGCAACCCUGCCCAACUUUCACCAGGCUUCUCUCCAGAUGUCCAUCACUUGGCAGCUGGGCAGACGCCAGCCCGUUAUGGUGGCUCUGGGCCAGCAUGAGGAGGAGUAUUUUUCAGGCCCUGGGCCCAAGGCUGUGCUGAAGAAGUUCAGGGAAGAGCUGGCAGCCCUGGAUAAGGAAAUUGAGGUCCGGAAUGCAAAGCUGGCCCUGCCCUAUGAGUACCUGCGGCCCAGCCUGGUGGAGAACAGCGUGGCCAUUUGAGCACCGCCUCCGGGGUCGUUUCAGCCCCCUUCCACCCAAGCCACAAGCCCACCUCUUAGUGCUUUCAGUCUUGCCCUCCCCGACCCCCUAUCUCCCAUCCUCCUGAAGAGUCACUUUUUCAUUGUCUUUAUGCACAGCAAGGAAGUUCAUUCCAGAUGCCCCACCUAGGGCCCCAUGCCCUGCCCCGUGCCCUCAGCACUCAGACCACCCACAGGGCAGAUAACAGCCAUGUAUAUAUACACUGUUUCUACAAAAGGGGAAUAAUACAUAUUACUCCACACCUUUUAUGAAUUAAAUAUGAUUUUGAACCUAAAUCGAGUUUAAUGACAACAAAAAGAUACUUUAGACAAUGAAAGAAAAGAACUUGGACUGAACUACCCUAAAUCGAAUAUAGGCAAGCUGGAUAUCCUGAAGCCAGAUGCAACACAGAGCAAGCCAUUAACACAGCAGUUCUCAAGGUUUUCAUUUCACAGCUCACUUAGAAAAUGAUAAAUGGAAAUAAACUUAUUAAAGUGAUUGAAGAAGCUGCUCCCAGCUAGAGAAAUAAUAGAGGCACUUGGCCUUGGGGUUUUGCCUGAGGGAUCCAUGUCUAUAACUAUUUGCAGCUCACCGGUUUGGAAGCUCCAAAUUAAAAUAAUUAACUGGAAAAAAUACUAAAACUUCAUUAUUUUAACAAGAGACAACAAAGGAAUUGAUAAAAUCCAACUUCUGUAUCUGAUUAAAAUUUUGGAAA